AUGAAUUGCAAGCCAUCAAACCUCACUCUUGCAAGUCUUUGUCGUGAUACGAUUGUCAAGAAUCUAGAGAGAUACAAUGCCGAAGCAUUCCAGAUCUUGGACGAGAGUGAAUGGGAGGACAUUAUUCGGCGAAAGCAUGCAAUGAGUCGGCCAAAGCGAGGAAAAGGAGGUCUAGAUGGCACAGGUCGGAUGAACCCUGCAGUAUCCGACAAGUUUCUUUUAGAGAUCGAAACAACCCUGCCCCAUCUAGGAACCUCGAAUAUUGUUGAUACGUUGGUAUGGAAGGACAUUGUCAAUUUCAAAUUUAAAUCUAGGCCAAAAGGGCUCAUGUGGCCAUACUCCACGCUGGAAUUGCGGUUGAAGACAGCAGGUGAUACUUUGUUGGAUGUUCGAAAGAAAGGAAAUAUUGUUGAAGAGGACAGAACCAAGCUCGAUAAUGCACUUGAAGUGGUGAUUAACUCCCCAAUGGACGUUGAGCUCUUACGGCUCAGCGGCAUUGGUCGUUGCGUGCAGAAAUUCAUCAAUGCAUGUUGUAAGAAUGAAAAGCUCGGGCUAGACAAAGAAACAAUUCACGCCUUAGACUCUCUGUUGAAGAGUUGGAAGAUGUUGGCCUCGAGCGAAGGUGUUACGAUGAGCGAAAAGGUGAAAGCAGAAAAAAGUCGGUCGAAUUUGUCUCAAUUUGGUCUAGCCGAACACAUUGCAAUUGCACGCAAGAAUUCUUCAUGGCGGCAGCUCUACUCGGCAUUGAAAAUGUUCGACCAAAUGAAACGUGAGAACCAAGGGGCAAGGAUGCGUGAAAGGAGGCAGAGAUUGAAUUCACAAAGACCCAAGAUUGUGAAGGUCCGGCAUAAGACAUCCAAUCCCAAACCACUUCAUGUAACUCCUAUGGCUUACACUCAAUCAAAGAUUAAAAAAAUUCGAGAGGAAGCCAAAGUGACCUCAACGAGGAGGUGCCCUCCGGUUCCAAAGCCAGCGAAAGGUUUCGGCGAUGCAGUCGCAUUUGCAACUAGUAAAAGAAAGAAUGCAACUGUAGUCGACAUGGCAGGUGGCAAACGUUUAAAAAUCCCGACUAGCAGGCCACCUGCCAGGGAUUUCAAACGAAAACUGAGAUAG